GCUUGUUCCUAUUUUUAGUGUUUACGUUUUCAUGCGUGUGAAGUUUUAAACUAUAUCAGAGUUGUAACGCGAUUCAUAACAAAAGUUUAUUGACUGAACUCUUUUGUGUUGAAACAGUUUUAAAAUGCUUAUAAAAUGAAUGUGAGCUAAACAGAGGCAACAUUUUUUUUAUUCUACAUUGUUUCUCGCAACAUUGUCUGACGUGAGUGUUUUCGGAUAAAAACAAUGUGAAUUAACGAAAUAUUGAUUCGAAUAAUUCGAAAUAAAAUUAAACAUUCAUUUGGGAGAUAUUUGAAAACAAACAACUAAAUAUUCCGAAAUGGGGUUCUGUCCAAAAGGGGAUACGCUAGUGAAUCCAAUAGUGAAAUACAUCCUUCUGGUUGGAACUUUCAUCCACUGGAUAUGUGGAGCGGGAAUGGUUGCCUUGGGAAUCUGGGCGUUCACCGAGAAGAACCGCCUAUUCUACCAGCCCAAUGAGAACGUGUACGACAUUAUCUUUGAUAUGUCCAUUAUUCUGAUGGCGUUCGGUGGAAUCAUGUUCAUCAUCACAAUAUGCGGCUUUAUCGGCGCCCUCAGGGAAAACACUUGUCUUCUCAGAAUUUUCUACUACUCUCUUGCUGUCAUAUUCCUGCUCGAAAUCGCUGGCGGCGUCCUGGUAUUCGUAUUCAAGGGCAAGGCCGUCGAUCUGCUCAGUGACGUCUUGAAAGAUGUCUACGUUAAGGAGUACCAUGAUGACGAGGAGGCAAUCAUGGACUACUUUCAGGAAACAUUUCUGUGCUGUGGUAUUGACGAUUACAACGAUUGGAACAUGAACCCGUACUUCAACUGUACCGCGAAAAACCCAAGCCCACUCAGGUGUGCUGUUCCCUACUCCUGUUGUAAGGACCCGGAUGAACUACAGCCUGGUUUAAACAAUAUAUUGUGCGGUGCGGAAACGCUAAAUACGACGACAACACGGCUUGCAAAAAUAUAUACAGGAGGAUGCGUACCGGCUGUGAUUAAUUUUCUCAAUGCAAAUAUGCCUAUAAUAGGCGCGAUAGUGAUAGCAAUCGGGUUACCACAGCUGCUUGGUAUCUGUCUGGGUCGGAUGUUUGUGGGUCAGAUUGAGGGCCAGUGGGACCACUAUAGUAGGGAGCGGCAAAGGAGUGCGCGUAUCAAGGCGGCGCAAGGCCGAGGAGGUGGUGGACAGCAUGACAGGACGAGAUACUGACCGUGAUUCAUAUUCUGAUAAUUAUACUGAUUGGAUUGAAGACGGGAGGUAGCUCGCUCUUACUGAGGCAUUGAAUAGUUAAAGUUGUCACCCUUCCUCAUCAGCUGUUCCUUGCGGCGGUUAAAAAGAUGCAUUUUAUUUUACGUCUUUUAAAUACUGGUACAUUUAAAUCAUACAUGUAUUGUAUUUUCACGACCGGUAAAUGUCGAUGAUUUUACACACUUCUAUAGAAAUCCAUUUUUGUCAUGUUUUAUUUAUAAUAUAAUCGACACACCGUAAAUUGCAUAAAAAUAAAACUGUUUUAGA